AUGGCACAAAAAGCAAAGAAAGAUCGCGCCAAGUCCAACGCGGCCACACUUUACACGCUUCACGUCGGAUCCGCAUUGGUACAUGCGACAUUCCUACUUUGCCACACCAUCCUCAAGCGGCGCUCUCUGUUGGGCUACAUCCUCGUCUCCGUCCCCAGCUUCAUUUGUCAGCUCACGCUGGAAAAGGCCGGCCGGCCUAAGCACGAUGCCAACGGCUCACUAAAGUCCUCGGGUGAGGAUCUGGCGGCAUCCGGGCUCACCGAGUAUAUGUUCGACGUUGUCUGGGUCACGUGGGCAACAUUGGUUCUCGUUAUCCUCUUUGGAAAUUCGCUUUACUUUGUUUGGCUCCUCAUCCCGGCAUUUGCUGUAUACAAGGGAUUUGGUCUGAUGGGGACCGCCCGACAGAUGGCUGCUUUGCAAAAAGGUGGCGUUGAUCCAGCCGGUGCGCAACAGCAGCAGCCUGCUGGUAAUCGAAAACAACGACGGGCGGCAUGA